AUGGCAGGCUCGGUUUUCAGGCGUAUCGUCGCGCGCGUCAAGGGUGAGAACGAGGAUGCCGCAAUAACACCGGAUGGCUUUGCCGAAUCAACGACACUUGAUGAGAAGACUGCAAAUGGACUCACUGGUACUGGAAAGAUCGAGCCGACAUCAAAGACCUAUGGACUGGAAGUUGGCGACGAAGAACUCAAAUCUGGAAAGUCUUCUGAUAUCGACAGCGAUGAGUUCGCCGAUGAUGAUGAGGCCGUUCGCGAUCUCCUUCCUGCUGUACGACGCAUUGUAUCCAUGACGGAUAACCCAGAGGAACUCACUUUGACCCUCCGAUACUUUGUCUUGUCUAUUCUGUUUAUCGUACCUGGCGCCUUCCUGUCUCAGAUGUCAUACUUCAGAACAACAUCGGCGGCAUAUUCGGUCUUCUUUGUUCAGAUUGCAUCAAACUAUGUGGGUAUGUGGCUUGCAAAGGUGUUACCGAACAAGAAGAUCUUGGGUAUCAACCUGAAUCCUGGUCCGUGGUGCACGAAGGAGCACGUACUUGUCACCUUGUCUGCCGCUUCUGGAGCAACUUACAACCUUGCCUACGCACCUGUUUCGAUAGCCGAGCUCUACUUCAACGAACCCAUGAAUCCAGGAGUCGCGAUCGUGUUCAUGUGGGCUGUAGUGGUGACUGGUUACUCGUUCGCUGCUAUUUCACGCCAGUUUUUGUUAUACGAUCCACAGUACCCUUGGUUUCAAGCGUUGUGCCAGACUGCUCUCUUCGAGUCGCAGAAGAAGGAAAGAAGCAACCCGACCCCGGUUUCGAGGAGACAGAUGAGAAUCUUCUUCGCUGUAUUUUUUGCAGUAGCUCUGUGGCAGUUCCUGCCCGAGUACGUUUUCCCCAUGACCGGAAGUCUUGCAUUCCUCUGCUGGGUGGCACCCAAGAACCCUGUCGCCAACUUCAUCGGCUCUGGCUUUGGAGGCAUGGGUUUCCUCAAUCUGAGUCUUGACUGGUCUACCCUCAGCACAAAUGGCAAUCUCUUCCUGCUCCCUUGGUGGACUCAAGUCAUCAUGUUCUUGGCCUUCGUCUUCAACUGUUGGAUUUUACUUCCUGCUGCAAAGUGGGGCAACCUCUCCGAGUUCAAGCCCGGUCUCAUGUCCACUAGCGUUCUUCAGGGUAAUGGUACCAAGUAUCCUCUGACGAAGCUCGUCACUUCUGAAGGAACCUUCAACACCACUGCUUACGAGGAAUAUGGCCCUCUGUACCUUGGAGCGCAGAUGCUCUGGGGAAUCUUUUUCUCUUACGCAGCUUUCUUGUCUGCUUGGGUCUGGGCUGCUCUUUUCGGUUACUCCUCGUUCAAGAAAGCCUACCAAAAGUUCAAGAACAGAAACAACGGAGGCAAUGACAAAGGCAUUAACCACCAAUACAAUGACCAGCUCAAUGUUCUCAUGCGCUCAUACAAGGAGGUUCCACUCUGGUGGUUUGGAGCUCUCUUUGCUUGCUCGUUUGUGUCUAUCGUCACUAUGGCUGCAGCUGGAAAAAUUUAUAUCCCUGUCUGGACUUACUUCGUCGCCUUGGCAACUGGAGCCCUUGUAGUCACACCUCUCGGCUGGCUGUACGCAUCGUCAAACUAUCAGCUUCCCAUAGGCACAUUUAACGAACUGAUGUACGGCAUAAUGGUCAACGCUGUCAGUGGUCAUAAGAACCCCACCGGUGCUACAAUUUACAGCUCCAUCGCAGGAGAUGCCUGGUACAGAGCGCAGUACAUGCUCAACGAUGCCAAGAUCGGACACUACAUGCAUAUCCCUCCUCGUGCCACAUUCUUCUCGCAAGUGUUUGGAUGCACGAUUGGUGUACCCAUCAACUAUGGCGUCGUAAGAUGGGUUCUAUCCUCAAAGCGCGACAUUCUCCUCGGACUCGAAAAAGAUCCUACGCACCAAUGGACAGCCCAGCACCUCUCGUCCUCCCUCUCAACAUCCGUCGAAUACGUUAUCAUCGGCCCCACAAAGAUGUUCCAACAAUCAACCUUCAAGCCCCUGCCCUAUGGCUUCCUUGUUGGUGCCUUGGUUCCUUUCUUGCUCUUUGCCCUCCACAAGAAGUUCCCCAACAGCAAGUUGAAGUUCCGCCUUUGGAACACUACUAUCUUCUUCAGUUGUGUGUCUAACUUCUAUGGUAAUGUCAGUACUGGCUACACCUCUGCCUUUAUCGGUGGCUUCGUGGUCAUGUAUUGGGCAUUCAGGUAUAGAAGUAAGUUGUGGGCGAGAUACAACUAUCUGAUGGGAGCGGCGUUUGAUGCGGGAUAUAACCUCAACUUGCUAUUAGUGUUCUUGUUCUUUGGUAGUGGCAAGAUCAUUAGUAUGCCCUAUUGGUGGGGCAACAACGAGCAGAGCAGUGAGAGAUGUUUUGCUCUGGACUGA